AUGUUGGUAUUGAAGGGCGGUGGCGACGUUUGCGAAGUCCAGGCCCAUUACUCGUUACCAGCUGAGAAUUUAGCUGGUCCAUCCGUGCCACCAACACGUCAGCCCAUCUGGUCGGCGGUGGCCUCCCUCGAGGACUUUUUGCUUCACGAAGGAUCUAUUCCAGAGUUCUUAGUGUCCAUCUGUCGUCUGUCCUUCUCAUUAUAUGACCAGCCCAUUAAUGCUUUGCCUUACGAGGGAAGGAUACUUAGUGGCCGUGGCCGUUCAGAAUGA